AUGGAGGACGAGAAACCACGUCAGGUGGACGACGUCGUGCUCGACCAUGACAUCCUCGGCGAUAAAGCUGGCAUGUCUCGUAAUGAGGCUAUGCAUUUUGGAGUCCUUACUCCAGAAGAACUAGAGAUCGAGAAGAAGCUAAGGCGAAAGAUUGACAUGAGAAUCAUGCCAAUGGUUGUGUUGGUGUACUUGAUGAAUUACAUUGAUCGAAACAACUACGCUGCUGCACGCUUGCAAGGCCUUGAGGAAGAUCUAGGCCUGGUAGGAGACCAGUAUCAGCUUGGUCUUUCCAUCCUGUUUGUCAGCUAUAUCCUCGCUCAAGUACCAUCCAAUUUGUUCCUCAACCACCUUGGUCGCCCAUCACUCUACUUGGGAUUCUUCACGUGCGCUUGGGGUCUCGUCUCUCUCCUCACGUGCUUGGUCAAAAAUUUUGCAGGCAUCGUUGCAUGUCGAUUUGUGCUCGGUCUCGUGGAAGCACCGUUUUUCCCUGGUGUGCUGUUCUACCUUUCCAAGUGGUACACGAAGGAAGAACUGAAUCUGCGGAUGUCCAUUUUCUACUCAGGGUCAUUGAUCAGUGGCGCUUUUGGAAAUUUGAUUGCCGCUGGCAUCCUGUCUGGUCUCGCAGGAAAACGAGGUCUCUCUGCAUGGCAAUGGCUAUACAUCGUCGAAGGAGCCAUCACAGUUGCUAUUGGAAUUCUGAUCAUGUUUGUCUUGCCUGAUUUCCCAGACACCUGGAAAUCUCUUUCCCCAGAGAUGAAGCAUGUGGCCAACCGACGCCUGGCGGUCGAGGCUGCCGAAGCUGAUGUCGACGAGGCAGGUGCCAUGUCACAAGUCAAGGGUCUCAAAUUGGCCUUGACUGACUCCAAGACCUAUAUGUUGGCCAUUGCCUAUAUGUGCAUCACUGGUGCCGCCGGCUUCCAGAAUUUCUUCCCAACCCUGACCGGCACCCUCGGCUACACCCGCAUCAUAUCCCUCCUCCUCUGCGCGCCACCUUACAUUUUUAUCUUCAUCUACUCGAUGGUGCACUCCUUGGUGUCCGACCGGUGGGGCAACCGCUUUUGGUUCUUCAUGUACCCAAUUCCGAUCACGAUUGUUGGCUGGGUGAUAUUCAUGACAACCAACAGCUUCGGACCGCGAUACUUUUCACUCUUCCUGAUGACCUUCAUCUUCGCGAUGAACGGGACAUGCUAUGCUUGGAUCGCGGGCGCUAUCCCACGGCCACCAGCCAAACGUGCCGCAGCGUACGCAUUCAUCAACUCCAUCGGCAACUCCGCCAGUAUCUGGACCCCAUUCACGUAUCGCACUCAGGACCAGCCUCACUACCGCCUGGCCCUGGGCAUCUGUAUCGCUCUCCAGGUCGUCGCUGCCAUCAUGGGUGUCAGCAUGCGCAUCAAGCUUACCCGCCAGAACAGCCGUCUUGAGCGUUUAGAGAACGAGGACCAACCGCUCAGCGAGCGAGAUCUCAAGAAGUUGCGUAAGACCGCAGAAAUCGAGGGUAUCGAUAUCGCCGCCGCCAGGAGACUGCAGAAGGGCUACCGCUUCAUGAUUUAA